AUGGACGAGAGAACGUUGAUCAGGAUUACAGCAGGACAGUACUCAUUCCUUGCAAAACUGGAAGAUGCGGCGCCCAACACCACCGCCGUCUUUCUAUCUAUGCUACCCUACCGACAGAAGUUGAUCCACGUUCGCUGGAGCGGUGAAGCACUCUGGAUCCCUUUGGGAGACCAGAAAUUUGGACUCGAAUUCGAAAAUCAUACCGCCCAUCCGUCGGCAGGCCAGAUCCUCUUCUACCCAGGCGGCUUCUCAGAGACCGAGAUACUUUUCUGCAAUGGCAACGUAGCAUUUGCCAGCAAGAUGGGCACCUUGGCUGCCAAUCAUUUUUUGACAAUCGUCGAGGGUGUCGAGCAUCUUCGCGCACUCGGCGAGCUUGUCCUGUGGCAUGGAGCGCAAGAUAUCACUUUCCAGAUUGCCGAUCGUCAGGCAUCUUCUCCAGAGGCCACGCAACCGGCGAAGGCGAAAAUGUAG